UACGUCCGCCAGUCCGCGAGUUGGCACGACGACAGUGUGUUCGUCGCUUCGAUAUCGACACGGUCGAUAACGCUCCUCUCUUUUCCUUUCUUUUCCUCCCUUUUUUUCUAAUUCCUUCUUUGUUUUUUUCUUAAAUCGUUAUCUCCCGAAACUUCAACAACGUUCGGCUCGUCGAAAGCGCAAAUCCCGCGUCCGCGACCGCGAUCGGAGAAAGCCGAAAUAACGCAGAUUUGCGAUUUUUCGCGCAGAAUCAUCUCCGAUAUCAUCACCGUCGUCCGAUCUCUUCGUUCUUCCGAUAAAACGCAAGUUUGAGAAAAACGGUCAAGAACGACGAUCGAUUGGAGGGAGAGAAAGAAAGAGAGAAGAGAAGAAGACCGCUUUCGCUUUCGUUGGAGUGUCACGAUUGUAGUGUGUGUUAAGAUUUUUGGACGAACGUUGAUCAAUUGGGGCGCAAUCAGCGCGCGAUUUUUCGAUAAUUAGAGGAGAGAAGGCGAUCGCCUGAGAGGGUGGGUGGUAGACUUCGCUCCGAAUUUCCGUCCAAAGUAGAUCUGAGGGCAGCUGACACGGCAACAUGUCGAUCAUAAUGCAGUAUAUAGACCGGUUCCACGACAUGCUGGACAAACACGCAGACACGAGGACGACUAAUUGGCUACUGAUGAGUUCACCCUUUCCUACGUUACUCAUUUGCCUCUCUUACGUCUACCUCGUCAAGGUGCUCGGGCCGAAGCUUAUGGAGAAUCGGAAACCCUUCCAGCUUAACAACACCUUGGUAGUCUACAACCUGUUACAAGUGAUCUUCUCCGCAUGGCUUUUCUACGAGUGUCUGAUGGGCGGAUGGUGGGACCAGUAUAGUUUCCGCUGCCAGCCGGUGGAUUAUUCCAACAGCCCUACCGCGAUAAGGAUAGGGAUAUCCGGAUGGCUGACUGGAAACUAUUCUCUAAGAUGUCAACCUGUAGACUACAGCGACAGACCUGAAGUACUGAGGAUGGUCCAUGCAAGCUGGUGGUAUUACUUCUCGAAAUUUACCGAAUUCAUGGACACGAUCUUUUUCGUGCUAAGAAAGAAGAAUAAUCACGUGUCUACGCUGCAUGUGAUUCACCACGGUUGCAUGCCCAUGUCGGUCUGGUUCGGUGUCAAGUUCACGCCAGGCGGCCACUCGACCUUCUUCGGUUUGUUGAACACCUUCGUCCACAUCGUGAUGUACACAUAUUAUCUUCUGGCGGCGAUGGGUCCAAAGGUGCAGCCGUACCUCUGGUGGAAGAAGUAUCUGACCGCCUUCCAGAUGCUGCAGUUCAUCGCCAUCAUGGUCCACGCUUUCCAGUUGCUCUUCAUCGAGUGCAACUACCCGAAGGCGUUCGUCUGGUGGAUCGGCCUGCAUGCCGUCAUGUUCCUCUUCCUGUUCAAGGAGUUCUACCAGCAGAGCUAUCAGCAGAAGAAACCCAGAAAGGUGGCGAUGACCAACGGUGUUGUCAAGGGGGAACAAUCAAAGGGCAAACACGCGAACGGUGUUGCGAACGGCGCCGCGAAUGGAACCGCGAACGGCGUCGCGAACGGCGUCGUCAACGGCACCGCAAACGGCGUCGCCAACGGCGUUGCAAACGGCUUCUCGCCCAGGAGGAGGGAUGCCGCCGAUUAUUACGUGAAAGGCGAAAGCCUAGCGACGGAGCUCAAUCUCCGAAAAUCGUUUGCAACGAAAUUCGAGUAACCCUCGAGCGAGCGCAUAGCCUAGUCGAUCUUCUCUCGCCACGACGUCGUGUUUUUCUUUUUCUUCCGCGAAAUCGCCGAAGGAUUAGUGGGCCUUCGUCCCUCUGUCUUUCUCUCUUUCUUUCUCUCUCUCUUUCUCUCUCUCUCUCUCUCUCUCUCUCUCUGUCUCUCUCUUCCCUUGUCUUUAAUUUGCCGUAUCUAAACACGAAGGGUUGAAGGCCCCGCCGAGAUCGACGCAUCUAUCGAAAAAAAAAAAAGAGUACAAAAUUACGUCGCACGUAUUCGGCUCGCGGUGUGAAGCGUACGUCGAUGCACUUCAUUGAUGAUGCGAUACUUCACGAGCGCGACGAUUCUCCAGCUAGAUCCGAGCAGCCGUGCGCGACCGUGGUCCGGCGACUGACGCAAAAGGAUGCUCGGGCAGAUCGUGUCCAGGUGCUCCCGCGAUCGUAAUCGAAGCCGGGGAAAAAUAGAUAUUAUCGAGUUGACCGUUCUCAAACAUUCAGUGCGGGAGCAGAAAAGAUACGAUCGCGCCGGUGUGCCUUGGGAAGAUAGGCGUGCCUUUUGCUCAAUACUUAAAGCUCAAAAGCAUCGGUUCGAAAUGCCAGUAACCGACCUCUGUGAUCGUGCGUACGUCGACUCGCGAGAGGGUCUCUCGACAUCCCCCUUUCUUCGCGUGUCCAGUAGCCGCCACGCCGACGUUCGGUCCCGGCGUCGCGACGCCUUCCACACCGCGGAUUUGCCGAUGCUCGUUGCGGAUGCUCGCCGUCUCGGUUGUACUAUAACGCGUGAACGUGCGCGCGAAGCGUGCAAGGGUUUCGCGUUCGCGAUCGUUAGCUCCUUCAGCUGAGAGAUUGAACAUCGAGAAUCUCCCUCCGCUCGGCAGUCAAACCAUCUCCGAAGAAACCUCGGAUCGAGAGAUUUAAAUGGACAGCAUAUUAUUUAGGAUAAAAUAACGAGUUCGAAGUUUAAAGUGACAAAAGAUGAACGAAUUAAAAAAGACAGAUACUCAUCUUGCAAAAUUGCGGACAAAAAUGUAGAUAUGCUAAUUGCCUGUUUUUUAACUUCCUGCUUUUAAUUACCGUCUACUUAUUAUUAACUAUGACUAUUGUUAUUAAGUACUGUCGAGCUUUUAUAUUCUUCCCGAAGCUGAAGUCGAUUGAAACCGCGACGGUCGCAACGUUAUCUGUCUCGCUCGCUUUGUGCGCGUCUUGUAUGUAAUACAUAGCGUCUUGUACAUAGGUAGGCUAGUUUUAUAUACUACUAAAGAAGAGUCCGAGGAGUGCGACGGCCGUGCCACACUUCGAGGCAAUUUAAAAAAAAAAAAAAAAUUAAGUUCGAGGGCUAAUUUAUAUAAAUCCACAUGUGCAUAUAUA